CAGUGAUGUGCCGGGACCGCUCUGGAUUCGCCCGCGCCUCCUCGAGGCCGAUACACUGUCCUCUUUGCGGUCACAAAAUGGCGCCGGGGGCCGGUUACCUCAGCUUGCGCCCCUCACGCCGUGGUGCCUCCAGUCUCGGUGCUUGCAGUCUCAAGUCUCAGCUCCCGACCCCCGGAAGCCCGAAUCCGUGGACCGCGGCCCGUCGCCUGAGCCCUCAGCUCUCUCCAUCUGCUUCCCUGGCCUAGCCUCCUCAUACUUAGAUGCUACAGGCCUCAAGGGGCGAUUCAGAUCCCUCCGCAGACGCAGCUAUUCUCGCAUGCCGCACCCUCCCCAGUGUAGUCUCUCUGCAGAAUGGCGCAGCCACCCCACUCCACUGCAGCCCGUUUGCCAGCCCCAGCCCGGAGAGGCGCCAAGGCCUCCGGAAGAAAGUCUUUGAAGGCAUUGAGUAGAGUGGGGAACCUUGGGUGCUCAGUCUGAGUUUGAGCUUUGCAGAAUAAUGGAGUUUCCCGUUGAUUCAUUCAACGUCUGUUAAUUCCAUUAUGUUAGAUGCCCAGGAAACUGACAAGAAAUUUCUCCAGCAGCUUAUAGGCAAGGGCGAACCUUAGGGGAAUAGAUGCUUUUAGGGUGAAUUCUGGGGCGGUCAGUAUUCUGAUGGUGGCUUGCGCUAUUAUUUGUGUUGAUUGGAGGGCACACUUGAGCGGAGACCUGAGUGGAAUGAGGCAGUUGGUCCAGGGAACCCUUGUCAUUAAAGGCCAUGGACAGGAACUACCUGAUUUGUUAGAUCUACUGGGGAGGCCAGUGGGAUUUGAGCGAAGGGACCAGAUGGAUAACGAGAUCAGAGAAAGGGAGACCCUGUGAUAUGCUUUUGGCAGUUGUAAAUCAUUUCUGGGUGUACUCAGAAAAGCUGCCUGGCUUGGCCUUAACAGUAAUCAUUGAGGGGUCUCAGCCAUAGACUAUCUCCCCUUUGGAUGGUUAAAACAAGCUUGAACAUGUGUGGUUGCUGGGUAACCUAAUUGUAUUCUGCUCGGAAUGUUAAGGACUGAGAUUGGAACCUGAGCCUCUAGGGCUCGUUUGUGUUUGUUGUCUUAGGCAAAAAGGUGGUGCCAGUCCUCACUCCUCUUGUUCCCAAGUCUUGACAGGAACCUCAGUUUUUCAAACAACCAUCCUUUGGCCCAGUGGUUCUCAACCAUAGGCCAUUCUUCACCCCUUUGCCCCACCCUACCCCCAGAUAUUUUUGGUUGUCAUCUGGAGAUGAGACCUGAAUGCAUCUGACAGAGUACCUGAAAUGGCUGCCAAACAUGCUACAUGCACAAGAUGAUCCCCACCACAAAAAUUAUUUGACCCCCAAACAUCAGUAAUGUUAAGGCUAGCCAGCUUUGCCCUAGCCUUUCCAGUAGCUUUCCUAGUUAAGGAGAAAAGGCAGUUGUUGCUGAUAUCUCUAGAAUUGAAAAGUAGAUCUUUUUAAUAUCUGGAAGACAACUCUAUAGUUUUUAGGGGCAGGACUGCAGCAAAACCAGAAAAUGAAUAUGGUUGGUGUGGUGGGGUAACUUAAUGGAACGUGUAUUUACAUGGAUAAGGAAAUUGAAUUAGAGAGGUCCGUAAAUGGCCAAGUCUGAUUUGAACUCCACAUCUUACAGGCUCUAAUUCUGGGUUUGAAUGGGCAUGAAGUGACCAGAUAUAUGAGGUUAUGAUUAGUUUUUCCUUGAUUUUGAUCAGCUGAGAACCACAGUAACUUUAUCUCUCUGCUUUUUAUAAAGCAGAACACAAAAGCAAAUGCAGUUUAAGUUAUAUUUGCUUUUAAAGACAAGUUAUAGAGACUUUGAAGCAGGAGUUGCCAUUGUUGCCAAGCAAAGAAGAUGGUGAUAAUUUUUUACUUUUGAAUAACUGGUCCAAUGUUUGAACCCAGUUAUUUUCUGUAUAAUUGGGAAAAGAAGCUCUAGCAUUGAGGGAGCAAUCUAGCAAUUCAUUGAGCAUCUAGUAUGAUGGGAGCAAUGAAGAACAGAACGGAAAAAUCCAGAAUCAGUCCUUCAAACAAAGGGCCAAAAUGCUAUCAUUCUUUUCUUUAAAAAAAAAAAAAGAUUUAUUUAUGCAUAUAAGAACUGGGGUGUAAACAGAGAUGUGGGGGGUGGGUGAGAGGAUUCACCACAGAGACUGGACAGCAGAACAGGCAGAUCUACAGAAAUAGACUGCUGAGGGGAGCAGCGGGCGUGACAGAAGUCUCCUGCACCACCAUAUGGGUUGCUCCCUGGCCAGCCAGCUGGGUAUGGAACUUGUGCUGCAGUGGCUGGUGAUUGCUUGAUAGCGCUGUCUUUAACCCCUGCGCUAUUAGGAAGGCCCCCAAAACGCUAUCAUUCUUUUUCAUAGGACCAUUAUCACACAGUUUCUCUGUGUUGGGAGUGCACAGCUGGUAUAACUGGUUGGGUCUGGCUUGGGAUCUCUCAUGGGGUUACAUAUAGGAUGUUAGCUGGGGGUUAGUCAUCAGAAAGCUUGAUCAAGACUAGAGGAUCUAACCUCCAGGGUGACUGAACAUCACAUAGCUUGCAGGUUGAUAUUGGCUAUUGUGUACCACAGGUCUGCUGGAGCGUCCUCAUAGUUUGGUGACUGAUUUCUCCCAGAUUAAGUGACCCAAGAAGAGUAAGGUGGAAGCCUCAGAAGUCACACUCAGUAGUUUCUGCUGUAUCUUACUGAUCACAUUGGCUACCCAUUUGUUUGGGAAGGGAUACCAUACUGUUGGGAAGCCAUCUUGGAAGCUGGUUACCCAGAGGUUGAAGGCACACAACCUGGAAUUAAUUCUGAUUGCCAUUAGUUUUUGUUACUGUAUAUCAUUCCUUCAAAGAAUUUCCUUUCCAAAAAUAAAGAGAAUAAGACUAAGAAGCUUAGUGUAUUUGUGCAAAAAAAGAGUUUGAUAGGGUGACCAAGAAGGUGCUGUGAUGCAUAAUUAUAAACCAAUGGGCUGACCUUUAGCUUCAUAGGUCCAAAAGCUAAUUUGCUACCCAAAACUGCUCAGGUUGAUAAACCAAGAGAAGAAUGAUUUAUGAACCAGACAAGAAUUAGUUCAUAAUUGCCUAAAGAAAGUCCUGCUCCAGGCAGCUCUCCUGCCUGCCUGUGACUAUGCAGGUGCCUAUUUUUCUAUCUCUGAGCAGCUCUUUCUGUCCGCUUGGUCUAUGUAAGUGUCCUUUUCUUCCCUUUCCCUUUUUAUAUCAUAAACUUGCCCUUUUGGAUUUAAAAAAAAAAAGUCCUGCUCCAGAAAUGGAGAAAUGGUAUUGUGGGAAAGGCAGAACUAGAGCAGCGGUUCCCAUUAAGCUCUGAAGGUUUGAUGGAUUGAUUAUCUUUCCUUUUUUCCUAGGGAAGAACCAGGGCCCCUAUAUUUCCAGCUUUCACACUAUGUUCCAGUAUAUAUUCCUUUCAACAGGAAUUGAAUUAUGUUAAGUUCUGAUUGCCUCUAUAGUAUCUACAAAUGAUGUUACCGAAAGUUUGGGACCAUCUUGCUGGUGGCCCUAUUGCUGAACAAAUAGAUUUCUAGAAGCUAAUUGAAUAAACAGCAGAGAAGGCAGGUUUAUGUGUGAGGUUUCCCCAUGGGUGAACUGUCCAAAGAAUGUACUCCGUAUUCCUUGGGGAUAAUUAUAAAUCAUUGCAAAUUUCAUUUCCUUACUCUGAGACCAAGAUAAGGGUGGAACUACUGACCGGUGCUGCUGGUUGGUAUGCUUUGGAACCCUAGCUUUGAAAGAACAGCAUUCCACAGCACCUCCACUGGGAUCUCAGGCAGCACCCUGUAAACACAUUUUUGCAUCAAGUGGGGUAAAGAAAGAUUGUACUGUCCUCACAGGCUCAGUCUUGCCCCCAAGUGUGUAUUGGCGCCAUAUUUGAGGAGAACACUUGGUUUUCAGACCCUUUUAGGACUUUGGAAUUGUAGUGUAAGGGAUCUUGGCCUUGUUCCCUUUGUUGGCAGUUGUGGGGAUGAAAUGAAAUAAUGCAGAGAAACCUCUUAGCGCCCUGUGGGGAAAACACUUAUUCAGUGUGGCUGCUAUUGCUAACAUCUUUGUUGCUCUGGUCUUAGGAGAUGAGCUACAGAGACUGUUAACAAAUAUGUGAAUGCCUACCCUGAGGAAAGGCUUUGUGCAGGGAUCUGAAACCACUUUGCAGUCGACAUACUCAGACACAAGCUCUCAGCCCACCUGUGAUUAUGGCUAUGGAACUUGGAACUCUGGGACAAACAGAGGCUACGAGAACUAUGGCUAUGGCUAUGGCUAUGGCCAGGAUAACACCACCAACUAUGGGUAUGGUAUGGCCACUUCAAACUCUUGGGAAAUGCCUAGCUCUGACACAAAUACAAACCCCAGUGCUGCGGGUAGCGCCAGUGCCGAUUCCGUUUUGUCCAGAAUUAACCAGCGCUUAGAUAUGGUGCCGCACCUGGAGACAGAUAUGAUGCAAGGAGGCAUGUAUGGCUCAGGUGGAGAAAGAUACGAUUCCUACGAGGCCUGUGACUCCAGGGCUGUCCUGAAUGAGCGAGACCUGUACCGGUCAAGCUAUGACUACAACGAGCUUGACCCUGAGAUGGAAAUGGCCUACGAGGGCCAGUAUGAUGCCUACCGUGAUCAGUUCCGCAUACGUGGUGGUGACACCUUCGGCCCUCGGGCCCCAGGCUGGGCCCGGGAUGCUCGGAGUGGCCGGCCAAUGACCUCCGGCUAUGGGCGCAUGUGGGAAGACCCCAUGGGGGCCCGGGGCCAGUGCAUGCCUGGUGCCUCCCGGCUGCCCUCCCUCUUCUCCCAGAACAUCAUCCCCGAGUAUGGCAUGUUCCAGGGCAUGCGUGGUGGGGGUGCCUUCCCAGGCAGCUCCCGCUUUGGUUUUGGGUUUGGCAAUGGCAUAAAGCAGAUGAGGCGGACCUGGAAGACCUGGACCACGGCUGACUUCCGGACCAAGAAGAAGAAGAGAAAGCAGUGUGGCAGUCCUGACGAGCCAGACAACAAAGCAACCCGUACUGACUGCUCAGAUAACAGUGAUUCAGAUAACGAUGAGGGCACUGAAGGGGAAGCUGCAGAGGGCCCUGAAGGCACUGAGACUAUGGAAAAGGUCUCCAGAGCAGAAGAAGAUGAAGAUGGAAAAGAAGAGGGAAAGGAAGAAGGCAAAGAGGAUGCAGAGAAGGGAGCACUGACUACCCAGGAUGAGAUCUGCCAGACCAAGCGCAAGUUGCAGGCAGGCAAGAAGAGCCAGGACAAGCAGAAAAAGCGGCAACGAGACCGCAUGGUAGAAAGGAUACAGUUUGUGUGUUCUCUCUGCAAAUAUCGGACCUUCUAUGAGGAUGAGAUGGCCAGCCACCUGGACAGUAAGUUCCACAAGGAGCACUUUAAGUACGUAGGCACCAAGCUUCCCAAGCAGACAGCUGAUUUUCUGCAGGAGUAUGUUACCAACAAAACCAAGAAGACAGAGGAGCUUCGAAAAACCGUGGAGGACCUUGAUGGCCUGAUCCAGCAGAUCUACAGAGAUCAGGAUCUGACCCAAGAAAUCGCCAUGGAGCAUUUUGUGAAAAAGGUGGAGGCUGCCCAUUGUGCAGCCUGUGAUCUCUUCAUUCCCAUGCAGUUUGGGAUCAUCCAGAAGCACCUCAAGACUAUGGAUCACAACCGGAACCGCAGGCUGAUGAUGGAGCAGUCUAAGAAGUCCUCAUUAAUGGUGGCUCGCAGCAUCCUCAACAACAAGCUCAUCAGCAAGAAGCUGGAGCGGUACCUGAAGGGCGAGAACCCCUUCACAGACAGCCCAGAGGAGGAGAAGGAACAGGAGGAGGCCGAGGGGGGCACUCUGGACGAAAGGGCGCUGGUCGAUGCGGCAGCGGGCGCGGAGGGUGCAGAGGGCGCGCCGGUGCAGCCCCCCGUACCCCCAGAGCCGGUCCCAGAGGCCGUGACACCACCGCCGCCGCCGCCCCCAGAGGAGGAGGAGGAGAUCGUACCCCUGCUGGGUGGCGCUCUGCAACGCCAGAUCCGCGGCAUCCCGGGUCUCGAUGUCGACGCCGACGACGAUGAGGAGGGUGGCGGGGGCCACCCAUGACCCGGGUUUGGGGCGGGCGGGCCCGCGGGGCCCCAAACUGGAAGCCAACCCCAAUAAAGUGAUUCCCACCC